AUGCCAAGAAAUCUCGAGAAAGAAAAGGUAGAGCUUAAAUUGGAUGAUAAAAUGCCGCACCGAGUGAAGGAAGAAGAGAGAAUUGAAAGGAUCAUUCGUGAUCUAUUGAAGCUUCCAGAGAAUAGGAGCUGCAUCAACUGCAACAGUUUGGGUCCGCAAUAUGUUUGUACCACUUUCUGGACAUUCGUAUGCACAAAUUGUAGUGGAGUGCAUCGGGAAUUCACACAUCGAGUAAAAUCAGUGUCGAUGGCAAAAUUUAAUGCAGCAGAAGUUAGUGCUCUUCAAGCUGGGGGAAAUGAGCGAGCAAGACAAAUUUAUUUUAAAGUGUGGGAUCCACAACAUAAUUCUUGCCCCGAUGCUAGUAAUCUUCAUCGAAUUCGAGAUUUUAUUAAGCAUGUGUAUGUAGACCGGAAAUAUACUGGGGAAAACAGUUUGCUUCCAAUGGUUAGAACGAAACCCAAGUGUGAUACUUAUGAGAAGCAUUCUUUUGAAAUAGCUGGUAAUGUUGGGGGAGAUGACAUUUACGAACGGCAGUCGUUUGAGAAAUUUAGUCCUAUCAUGACGAAUAAUGAGAAAAAAUUAAGAAAUUUCAUGGAACAAAGAAGUCCUCGGUACAGCCAAGAAAAUAUGAGAUCUGGGAGUCAUAAUAGGGGUUGCCCUUCUACUCGCUUUGAGAUAGUUGAUGACAGGUAUCGAGAUGAUGGAGGUGUUAGGCAUUUUGACAGGUAUUCGAGUAAAGAAUCUAGGGCCAGAAAAAUGUCUUCCAAUUCUCAAAGGAUUCGGGAGACAAAUUCUCCAGCAAUACGCCCAGUCAAAGAUAUUUUAGGCGAGAAAGUUCUGCCUCUGAGAAUUGGCGAACGUCCUAAAGCCAAUGAUGGAAGGGAAGUUGAUGGCUCUGCAAGAGACCGGAAGGCAGCUGAUUCUACUAAUCCAAAUUCUGAAAACGAGAAACCAAAGGAAAACAAGACGGUAGAUUCUAGUAGCUUGAUUGAUUUUGUUACCAACCCUUUGGCUCCUACUAAAGCAGAGCCACAGUUACAGCAAAUGGCUUCAUCCACUCCAUCACCAGCAGCCGAAAAGGUGUCCAAUGCUCCAAAUAAGAAUUCAUUGGAGUUCUUGUUAUUUGAAUUGUCAGCUCCUACGGCGUUGCCUGUAGACAGCACACCUCAAAUACCUACCAGUGCUGAUGCUCUUUCAAUUGCACCUAUAUCUUUAGCUGACGCUAUGGAUGCAGGGUUGACAACUAGCAUCCCCAAAGUUUCCAACGUUGUUGAACCUCCUCCUUCAACUAUGGAGAAGGACCAAGCAUGGCCCAGCAAUAGGACCAAUUCUUUGGGGGAAGUUGUUGAUGUACAAAAGUUGCCUAAUGAUCAGGAAAAUCUGCCUUCUUCCUCACCUAAGAAUAGUCACUCUAAUGCUCCACUAAGUACAUCUGUUGAAACUUUAUAUGAUCAGCAGGGUAAUAUAACAUCUGCAACAAAUGGUCAAGGACCUGUGCCAAAUGCCCCAUCUGAGGAACCAUCUCAAGCUUCCUCCAAACCGACACAGGAUACUGGAUUGAGAGAUGUGUCAAAAUCUACAGGACGAAAGGAACUUCCUGCGGACCUUUUCACAUUUAAUCACGUGGCAUUGGCUUCAGCAGUUCCUAGUUGGCAAGUGUGUGCACCUCAUGGAAUGGGAUACGACAUGCAAUUUUAUCCAGCUGCAAUGUCGAUGGAUCCUUCCACGAAUUCUGCAAGGCUAAGAAACCCAUUUGAUCUUGGUGAUGAACGACCACAAAUUCAAGCUGCAAUGUUUCCGGCUAUCGAAUCUUUGCACGGAGCUCUACCUAACAUGGCACCUCUAGCGGGUUUACAGCCACAUCCAUCAUCGCCUUAUGCAUCAGCACUGGCUUCACAGGUUUCCCCUUAUGGGGUGAACAUUCCUCGUGGAGCAUACACGGGGCAGCAAUCACUCGAUAACCCGCGACUUAUUAGACCACAAGAAAUUGGUCCUAACUUUGGCAGUGGUGAAGAUGCCUUCGCCUCCAACCCCGUUCAAAAGUCCAAUGGAAGAGACUCGUCUCCCGCUCUAACUUUCCCAUCAACUGGAGGAAAUCCAUUCCGAUAG